AUGGGGAUUAGAAUGCUGCCCUGCUGUCGUCCGGGUGGAGCGUCUCAUGGUCAUCUCUUCAGGGGGCUCUGGGGCUGGGUGUUCCACAUGAACUGGUUCUUCGGGGGUCUCUGCAACUGGGGGUACUGGAACGGCAGGUUCAACAAUCUCAGGUUCAACAACCUCAGGUUCUGCAUAGGGCGCUUGAUCUCCUGGGGUCGCUUCAAUGGGCGUUUCUGGAACUGGGGGCUCACUGGUUUCUGA